AUGGCUUCGAGAAUAUUGCUACGGCAGCGCGUUGCGCCUGUAGCUACCGGUGCCGUCAUUGCUGGCAUGGCUCUUUUCCCAAAGAAAGCCCUCCACGCAGAAGGCCCAGAGGGUUCUAAUGCCAAAAAGCCAAUAUACGACGACUACGAGCUCCCAGCUGCGCCGACAAAAUCCGUCCCUUCCUCCGAACCAACCUCAGAACCCACGAAAUCCUCAUCUCCAACACCCACCGACCGUCUUGCAGUACAAAUCAGAAAGACAAGACUCUUUCUAUACGAUCAUGUCGCAACCGCAGAGAACAAAGUCAACGAAUUGAUGGAUUCCGCCCUACAUCUCGAAGAUAGCUUCACGAGCACGAUAGCUUCUCUAGCACCUUCACCACAAUCCGGCGAGAGGCUCAUGCCAGGCACCCUCUACGUAUUGGUCGCAGCUAUGGCCGGUAGCAUCGUAUCGCGUAACCGCAACAUUGUCCUCAGAGGAGCUGUUCCGUUGGCUGUUGGAAUUGGCGCGGGUUGGGUGGUUCUUCCAGUAACAAUGCGCAACGUUUCGGAUUUACUGUGGAAAUAUGAGAAGAAGUUCCCAGCGAUUGCAGAUGGGCAUAUCAGAACGAGAGAGGGUGUUGAGAAGGCGUGGAGAAUGGCGAGAAUUCAUACCCAGCAGGCAGUCGACAUUGUUGAUGAUAAGGUCAGUGGAGGAAGAGCUGUAGUUGAGGACUGGGUUAAGAAGGGCAAAUGA